AUGGACCAGACUGAAGCUAUUACGAAGACUAAAGAAUUUUACGAAACAUAUAAUAUUGACGCAGAAAAUAUUAUUUUUCAAAAAAUUCCUGAACGAUUAGUACAUUUAUAUGAGUUAAUCAACAAGCCCGAGUAUCAAAACAAUGUUAACAAUUAUGCUGAAGGGGAAACUCCAAAUGAUACUGAUCCAGAACAAAUGCUCAUACCGUCCAAUAAAAAUCUAACUGAAUAUUUUGAAAUUCUGAAAUCCAAUAUGAUACAAUUACUUGAAGAUAAUCGUGUUUUAAAAAUGUGGAUAACGUUGUUAAUACCAAAAACUGAAGACGGCGACAAUUUUGGAAUGUGGGUUUUAGCAGCUAUUGAUAAUUUUAGUUUGUAA